AGCAGAACAGAACAAAGUUUGAGGAGAGCUCUUUCACCACUCACUCUCCCCACCCCAAGCAGACAGACGGACGAGGUGUCAGCCUGAGUCACACCAGAAGGAGUUGAGCAGCGACGCCCCAGCCCAGGAGCCCACGGGAGCUCCAGACAGAAUUCCUUGCGCUUCAAGGAAAAAGGAGAAACAUCCGACUCUGAACCUGGAUGGAGACAGAUGAAUUGUCUUGACAUAAAAAGAAAACCUUGAGGGAAUCACGAUUGCUCUUGGAACCUCUGUGCUGCAUCUGUGGCCCGGGAUUGCUUCUCGGGACUGUGACGGGGGCUGUGUUUCUUCUCCCCGCAUCCCAAGGCUGGUCUGGUCCUUCCAAUGUGUCUGUGGAUCACUGAGGACUUUCACGUUUGGAGACGAAGAAGAAACACCCAUUAACUCCCCACUACUGCCUGCGUUCACUCCCUGAAUCUCACAGACUCUAGUGAAAUACAUGUUUUUUCUGUUGUUGUUUUGUUUUCUUUCCGGAACCUGUGAAAAUGUCCCUUUCCCAAGGAAGUGAAAGUUAAGGGGGACAUUUUGUCACGGACCCUCAGGAAUCCCCCUGGGAUCACAUUUUCACCUCUGGAAAAAAAAAAAAAAAAUGAGGAAGCUGCUGCCUCUUUGCUGCUGGCACUCCUGGCUGCUGUUAUUUUAUUGCGAUUUUCAGGUGCAUGGAGCCGAUGCCAGGUCACAAGCCCAUCCAGGGUUUGAGGUCUUGGCUUCUGCUUCCUAUUACUGGCCGUUGGAAAAUGUGGACGGGAUCCACGAACUUCAGGAAACAACUGGAGCGUUGCGAACCCACAACCUCACUGUGCUUCCUUCUCAUAACUCUACCUUUGUGUAUACCAAUGGCUCUGCCUACUCAAAUUUCUCUGCAACUGUAGAUAUUGUAGAAGGGAAGGUCAACAAAGGCAUUUACCUCAAAGGGGAAAAGGGAAUCACACUUCUCUAUUUCGGAGAGUACAAACCUUCUUGCAUCUUUAACCCAGCACAGUGCAGCCCUGAAGGGGUCACGUUCUCUUUUUUCUGGAAGAUACAAGGAGAACAGUCCAGAUCAGCUCCGUUUGCGUAUGGGGGACAGGUCAUUUCCAACUUGUUCAAAGUCUGCUCCAGAGGCGGCAAGGGCUCUGUGGAGCUGUACACCCAUGACAACUCCAUGACAUGGGAGGCCACCUUCAGCCCCCCAGGCCCCUACUGGACUCACGUCCUGUUUACCUGGAAGUUCAAGGAGGGUCUGAAAGUCUAUGUCAACGGGACUCUGAGCAACUCAGACCCGAGUGGAAAAGAGGCUCAUGCCUACGGGGAGCCCAAUGCCAACCUCGUGAUAGGGUCCGAGCAGGACCAGACCAAGCGCUACGACAACGGAGCAUUUGACGAGUUCAUCAUCUGGGAGCGCGCCCUGACUCCGGACGAGAUCGCCAUGUACUUCACAGCCGCUGUUGGAAAGCAUGUUUUGUUGUCUUCAGCAUCACCAAACUUCUUCAUGACACCCACAGCAAACACCAUGGUGCCCACUGAUGCCUACCAUCCCAUCAUAACCAACUUGACAGAGGAGAGGAAAAACUUCCAGAGUCCAGGAAUUGUUUUGAACUACCUUCAAAAUGUGUCGCUCAGCUUACCCAAUAAAUUCCUCUCGGAGGAGACAGCGCUGAAUCUCACCAAGACUUUCUUAAAAGCCAUGGGAGAAGUUCUUCAUUUGCCCAGUUGGAGUGCUGUGUCAGAGGAUGGCACCAUGGUGCUGGGCUUGAUCGAAACUGUCGAAGCCGUCAUGAGCCACAUAUCUUCCAACCUGCAGCCCAGAGAGGCCCAUGUCACCAUCGUGGGCUCCUCGUCCAUGGCAGACUUUUCUGUGGCCAGACUGCUCCCCAAGACCUUGAAUUCCUCCCACUACCGCUUCCCGGCCCGGGGGCAGAACUACAUCGAGAUCCCCCACGUGGCUUUCCACAGCCAAGCGUGGACCACCAUCGUGGGCCUUCUGUACCACUCCAUGCACUAUUACUUGAGCCACAUCCAGCCGGCUGACACCAGGAUUGCUGAGGCAACAAAGUACAAAAAUUGCUUGCUGUCUGCCACCAGCUACCUGAUCUCCCUGGAGGCCUCCCCAUCACCCAAGCUCUCCCAGAAUUUAUCGGGUUCUCCUCUUAUCACCAUCCGUCUCCGGCACCACUUGACGCAAAGGCAGUACAUCGAGGCCACCAAUGAGAGCAACCGAAUCUUCCUAUAUUGUGCCUUCCUGGACUUCAGCUCCGGGGAAGGCGUCUGGUCGAACCAGGGCUGUGGUCUCGUGGAAGGGAACCUCAGCUACUCCGUCUGCCGCUGCACACACCUCACCAACUUCGCCAUCCUCAUGCAGGUGGUCCCACUGGAGCUCACUCAUGGACACCAGGUGGCGCUCUCGUCCAUCAGCUACAUCGGCUGCUCUCUGUCAGUGCUCUGCCUGGCCGUCACGCUGGUCACCUUCGCGGUGCUCUCCUCGGUCAGCACCAUCCGGAACCAGCGCUACCACAUCCACGCCAACCUGUCCUUCGCCGUCCUGGUGGCCCAGGUCCUUCUACUCGUCAGCUUCCAAUUUGAACCAGGCACGACCCCGUGCCAGGUGCUGGCCGUGUUCCUGCACUACUUCUUCCUGAGUGCCUUUGCAUGGAUGCUGGUGGAAGGAUUGCAUCUUUACAGCAUGGUGAUCAAGGUCUUUGGAUCAGAGGACAGCAAACACCGCUACUACUACGGGAUAGGUUGGGGUUUUCCUCUCCUGAUCUGCAUCAUUUCCACAGUCUUUGCCAUGGACAGUUACGGAACAAGUAAGAACUGCUGGCUGUCGCUCGGGAGUGGUGCCAUCUGGGCCUUCGUCGCCCCUGCCCUGUUCAUCAUCGUGGUGAACAUUGGCAUCCUCAUCGCCGUGACCAGGGUCAUUUCCCAGAUCAGCGCUGACAACUACAAGAUACAUGGAGAUCCCAGCGCCUUCAAAUUGACAGCCAAAGCUGUGGCUGUGCUGCUGCCCAUCCUGGGAACCUCGUGGCUCUUUGGUGUGCUUGCUGUCAACAGUGAGGCCGUCGUCUUCCAGUACAUGUUUGCCAUACUCAACUCCUUACAGGGAUUUUUCAUCUUCCUCUUUCAUUGUCUCCUGAAUUCAGAGGUGAGAGCGGCUUUCAAGCAUAAAACCAAAGUCUGGUCCCUCACGAGCAGCUCCACCCGCCAGGCCAACAUGAAGCCCUUCAGCUCCGACAUUAUGAACGGGACCCGGCCUGGCACAGGCUCCAGCAGGCUCAGCCCCUGGGACAAGAGCAGCCACUCCGCGCACCGCGUGGACCUGUCCGCUGUGUGAACAGAGAGGCCGCUAACCCGGCCGGCCUGCCUCUCAGAACCCCUCCACCCCCUGCCAACAAACCGCAAGAUACUCUAUCUUCGCCAGCGGGACCCUCACCUCGCUGCUGUCUGAGCCCCCGUGACAGCCCUUCUGGCCCGUGACCCGCCCCUUGUGACAGAGCCCACCGUUCAGCCUGUAGCCUGAUACACAGCGACUGGCGGUCGCCUUGUGGGCUGAGUGACUGCCUCCAGGGUCCUGGAACACACUGCAUCCCUUCCCCUCGAUCACUGCAAGGGCACCCAGCAUUGCACCUUUCAUACUGUGCACACACGAGAUCCGGAGGCCAUGGCACUGGGAGGGAAGUUUAGCCUCUGCACAGCAGCGGUGGGGGCUUUGGGCUAGAGAGGUCCUGCGGGGGAGGGUUGGGCGAAGGCAGCUGAGGGGGCACAUGGGGAAAUGUAGGAGUGUUUUCCACCUGCUGAUUCCACCCAGCAUCCAGGCACCCGCCAAAGAGUGACUCUGCAGGGUGACGCCAGCGUUGGCCACCUCUGGUUGUGCGGCCGUGCUGGGCCUCCACUGAUGGCCAAGGGCUUUGGGCUGGAGGCUCUGGCGGCCUAGGCUCUCUCUGUGCACGUGUGCGGGGGUCUCGCCAAGGUGAAGAGCCAGGUGGGGUCUUCCACUUGGAGAGCUUCUCAAGAGGGUUGGCUCCUUAGAUUCAAAAUCAGCCUUAAAAUCUCCCCCUUUUCUGGAACCCGAGCCUCCUCUAUGUUCACGGUGGCCCAGCAGAGCCACCGUUUUCCAAGACACAAUUUCCCCUAGAAAGUUUCUUCCUCAUCACUUGUAAAUGCUUUUCUGGGUGUCUAAAGAGCAGAUUACAGUGGAAGGUAGAAGUGAGUUCGGUCCUUGAUUUCAUGUUGCUUCAAGGGGAGGUCUUGACAUGCAGGCACAGAGGCUGCUUGGGGUGGGCAGGGCGGUCUCAAGGACCUCCGUCCUGACUGACCUGGACAGGGAGGGGGUGACAACAGCAGUGUGUGCUGAGUUAAUGUUAACUUACAGACCCGGACACAGCCCAAGAGGAAAUGGAAUAAUUGUUACAGUUCCACGUGCGGGCAAGAUCCCUCAGGAUCGCCAUGGUUGGUCAACAUACAGAUGUGAAGCGAAAGGCCACUGAAAUAUGGGAAAUACAGGCUGAGGAAAGGUCAGACUGUGAUGACAGCAUUAAUGGUGUUUGUGAAAAGUGUGGGUGAGAAAUUCCAACCUAUUUUUGAUACUGGAAACUCUUCCUUUAAAACUGUGAAGGUGAGAGCAUUGAAGCCCCUUCCCCGCUUGCCCCUCUCCUCCCUUUGUGCCUGCUUCCUUUCAGAGUGAGGUUUUACAGCAUUUUGCAGACCUUUUCCAUCUUCAAAUGCCACCUUUGUGAAGUAACUCAUGCCCCAAUGGCCGUAAGUGUGACAGUCACCUUCAGGCAUCUCCUGCGUGGGAGGGGACUGUACCCAGAUCUGCAGGUCGAUGUAUGGGUUAAUCUUUUUUCCCUCCAUCCGGUGAGGUCCCAGAUGCACCAGCCAACCAGUGCACUGUGACUGUGCUGUGUGCCCUCCCCAUGGAUGUGCCAUGGUGGUGAACCUGGCUGAUGCAGGCAGAGGCCCCGGGUUUGGCGAAAAGUCGGAGCGAGCCUGACCCCUGCUCCAGGCUUCUUGUGAUUCUAGAAACCAGACCACCUGUAACGCGGUCUUAGAUCCUUCUCAUGCCCAAGAGCACCUAGAAGUGAGAACACUGUAUAACUAAGAUUUACACUUGGAUUUUUUUUUUUUCUUAUUUAGUUUUCUGGUGAAGCAAAUCAAAUAAGGAACUGUCUUUAUUUUAGGUGGAAUUCUUUGUUUUUUAACUCUCAGCAUAUUCACCCUACAUAGAUAAUAUAUCAGGAAAAGUAAUGAACAACCUUUUUUAUUACUAAAGAAUGGAAGUAGUGCUUUAUUUAUAGGCUUUAGAGUUUGGCUUCUGCAGUACUUUAUUAUCUACACGUAAUUUGGCCAGAGAUAAGAAAUUGGAAAGAAUCGUGUGGUUAGUUUCUAGCCCAGGAAAGAUGAUGAAUGCCACUGAUGAAAUAUGCUGUGACUUUCACGAAAUAAAAUUUAAUGUCCUUCAAAUAAA